AUGCUGCUCCAUCUCAGACGAGGCAAGCUUUCACCGUCAUUGCUCCAUCUGUGGCGGCGAACCUUCUACCGACGCUCCUCCUCUCCAUCGCCGAUCAGUCUCUACUUCAUCGAUCAUUGCCUGACCAAUCGACCACCGAUGCUUCAUCCACUUAGUGCGAUACUCCACUACCACCAUCGGUACUGCUCCAUAACUGACAUCGGCGAUUCUCCAUCUCCUGUCGCCACCCAUAUCGCCGCCCACGAUUUUGUUCUGGAAUCUAUUUAUGUAUGUUCAUCCCCAAAAAUUGAUUUGUAUGUGUAUGUUUUCGUUUUUGAAAUCGAUUUGUGUGUGUAUGAAUUUGAAAUCCACCAUUGCCUCUUUCUUCCUCUUUGUCUACUUCGAUUACUUAACUUCCGCCCACCGCCUCAGGUGGAUUACGUUAUCGGAGAUAACCCUAGAAGAGCGGUUGCAUUAGGAUUUUUGCAAAGGAUGUUGUCGGAGAAGAAGGAGGGGAAGUCGUCAUGGGUGAACCUCUGUAAAGAGAAAAGGUUUCUCUGGCUUCACCUUCAUCGAGUCACAUAUGGAGUAUAUGUGUCUACUCAGAGAUCUAAAGGAAAAACGAGAUGCUGCAAACCUUAG